GCAGGUGUAUGUGGGAGAGACACGCCCGCUGAAACCUGAAGCUCACGGAAAAACUUUUCCCCCGCUGCCUCACUCGGUUUCUCUCCGUGGGAGUCACGACCAGGCGACUUAUUCUGCUCAGAGACACUCAGGAACAUCUCGACCGGAGGAGACUUCUUUUUAAAUUAGUGUGUAUCUUUUUUUUUAAACACCUGUCUUCGGGUUUGUUUGUUUUUUUACCUGUUUGUUGGACGGAUUGAUUUACCUGCUCGCAGGUUGAACUCGUUGACAAACACAGGACUCAUCUCCAGGCGACCAGGCCUACAGGUUCACCUCGACAGACUCCCUGUGCGCAGCAGGAGAGAAGAAGCUACAACAAGGCAAAGAAAUCAACAAGAAGAGGAGAAGUUAGGUGGAAGAAGAAAAAGCUCAGGUGUUUGUAGUUUUAAAGCUCAGGUGUUUGUAGUUUUAAUUGAAGCACUCUAGUCCAGAUCCCUGAUGGAUUACAUGGACAGUGGACUGAGAUACACCCCAAAGUCGGACAAAGACUGGGACACGUCCGUCCAGUUCCUGCCAGCAUCGGAUAACAAGAAGCUCGAGAAGAAAAAGGGUCCGGGGAAAAUCGGGGCUGUGAUCGGCGUGGUGAUCUUCGCGGUCGUUAUUUCGCUUAUGACCGGACUGCUGGUGUGGCAUUUCCACUUCCGGAAAGAUGUGCGGGUCAAGAAGAUGUACAGCGGCUCCAUGCGGAUCACCAACCAGGUGUUUGAAGACGCAUACGAGAACUCCAACAGCACCGAGUUCAAGGCACUGGCCAAGCAAGUGACCACACAGCUUAAAAACAUCUAUGCCAAAAGUCCACAGCUGGCCAAAUACUAUGUUGGCUCGAGCGUUCAGGCUUUCAGUGAAGGCAGCGUUGUUGCCUACUACCUGUCCGAGUUCAAAGUCCCCGUGGGUCAGGAGGCAUCCGUCGACAGCGCCAUGUCCACGAUGGACAAGCUGGUGGAGAAAGAGCAGCGUACCUUCCAAAGACCUGGCAACUCUCUGCUUGUCGCAGACGUGGUGUCUUCAGCGCUUGACGCCCGCUUGUUUUCAAAAUCAUUCGACAGUUUUUUAAGGUUUUCUGAACACACACGGGCCAAUUACAUCGGACGGAUCCAGUCCCCUGGCUUCCCUGACCGUCCCUAUUCCCCCAACACCUUCAUCCAGUGGCAGCUGAGAGCGGACCCCAACUACAUCAUCAAGCUGGAUUUUGACACGAUGAAUCUGGAAGAGGAUUGCAAGAACGACUUUGUCAAAAUCUACGACUCCCUGGUGGCCAUCGAGAACCGCGUCAUGGAAGAGAUGUGUGGGUACUACUCACCCAGCGAACCACUGACCUUCCUGUCCUCCGGCAACGUCAUGCUGGUGAUGAUGGCCACGAACGACAAGUUGAACUACCCAGGUUUUAGAGCACAAGUCUCACAAAUCCCACGUAGGAGUAAAAGUACGACAUGCGGCGGCCAGCUCACUGGUGAGAAAGGAAAGUUCACGUCACCCAACUUCCCAAAUUACUAUCCUCCGCAAGUUUCGUGUCUGUGGUCAAUCCAGGUCCCUGAUGGUAAGGUGGUGAAGGUGACCUUCAAAAAGUUCCUCUUGUCUGAGCCUGGGCAGAAAAACAGUAAGGACUGCCGCAAAGACUACGUGGAGGUCAACAAAAGGAAAGUGUGUGGAGAACAGCCUGACGGGACAGUGACAGAGACCAGCAAGACUAACAAAAUGGAGGUGGUCUUUUACUCUGAUUCCUCCUACGUGGACCGAGGCUUUGAGGCAGAGUACGAGGCCAUCGACAUGAAAGACCCUUGUCCGAAGCAGUUCCAGUGCAACAACCAGCGCUGCAUCAAGACAACGCUCAGAUGUGACGGCUGGAAUGACUGCGGAGACAUGAGUGAUGAGUUAAACUGCAAGUGCGAUGCGAAGGACAUCACCUGUAAAAACGGACUGUGUAAGCCCAUGUUCUGGAAAUGUGAUGGCGUUGAUGACUGUGGAGACCGCACAGAUGAGCUCAACUGUGGAUGUAACUCUGGACAGUUUGCAUGCAAGAACGGCAAGUGUGUUUCUGAGAAGAAUCGCUGUGACGGCAGGGACGACUGUGGAGACGGGUCAGAUGAGCUCGACUGUGGGAGAACCACUGCUGUAAGCUGCACUGAUCUCACAUAUAGAUGUAAAAACAAUAAAUGCAUCAAUAAAGUGAACCCAGAGUGUGACGGAAAACAGGACUGCGAGGACGGAUCCGACGAGGAGAACUGCGACUGUGGAAGGAAUAAGUUCAAGACAUCACGUAUUGUGGGCGGUGAGGACGCGGAUGAAGGGGAGUUUCCCUGGCAGGUCAGCCUCCAUGUCAAGAAUUUCGGUCACGUGUGCGGAGCGUCCAUCAUCAGUCCGCGCUGGCUGGUCACCGCUGCCCAUUGUGUGCAAGAUGACGGCAGGACAAGAUACUCUCAGCCCGGCACAUGGGAAGCUUACCUUGGCCUUCAUACCCAGGGGAAGCUGGGAAGUGCUGUGAAGAGGAACCUGAAGCAGGUCAUAUCCCACCCUAACUACAACGCAUACACCUAUGACAACGACAUCGCCCUGAUGGAGCUGGACAGUCCUGUCUCCUACAAUGACUUCAUCAGGCCGAUCUGCUUGCCGUCCUCCCAACAUGAUUUCCCAACCGGUAACACUGUGUGGAUCACUGGGUGGGGAGCGACACGAGAAGGAGGAUUUGCUGCGACGGUGCUCCAGAAAGCACAGGUCCGAAUCAUCAACCAUGAAGUAUGUAACAAGCUGAUGGGAGGGCAGAUCACUUCUCGGAUGUUGUGUGCCGGAGUGCUGACCGGAGGAGUCGAUGCUUGUCAGGGGGACUCUGGCGGUCCUCUGACCAGUUCGUCCGGCGGUCCUUCGUUCCUGGCAGGAGUGGUCAGUUGGGGUGAUGGCUGUGCUCGGAGGAACAAACCUGGCAUCUACUCAACGGUUACUAAAUACCGCGCCUGGAUCAAAGAGAAGACGGGAGUGUAAGACGCCGCAAAAUGGUCAAACUAAGAAGACCAAAGAUAUGGACAUGAACACGGACUGACGACGAGUACCACAGUACAGAUUCUUACAGAGUAAAACAGUCUGACUCUGGCUUUCCAGCUCAUGUAGUGGACUUGACUUCCAGUCAUAGCUGCAGUGGACAGUGUUUGAAGAACAAUUGCAACACUUUACGUCCACUGUGAUUUUUAACGAGGGUGGGGUUAAUGAAAUGUUUUUAAAUGUAAAUACACUUUUUCUUUUGUGUGUGUGUGUGUGUGUUUUUUUUAGUUUGAGCAUGUUUUGAUGGAGAGUAAUGUUAUGUGCCUCACAUGGAAUAGAUCUUAGGUGUGAUUGUUACACAUGAAAUACAAUGUUUGUUGUUGUUGUUGUUGUUGUUGUUGUUGUUUUACCGGUAGCCAUCAUCAGGAUUUCCCACCACUUUUCCUUGUUGUCCUUGUUGUAAAUUUUAUAAAUUAAAAACAAAUCGGCAGCAAGCUCAGUCCAUCCUACCUCCUAUGGUUUGGUAUCGUACACGUUUUAUUUUUGGAUCUUACGUCCACCUGAAAUGUUUGUGAUGUGACUGUCCACUUUUUAAAAAGCUUAAUCUUUCUCUUCAUUUGGAUGGCCGUUCAUUUUUAACAGAUGUGAACUGCAUUUCUAUCUAACCAAGUAAUAGGUUACGUAUGACUUCUUUCAUCUUUCAUGUUUUAAUAUCGAGCACAAUGUUAGUACAGUCCCUCCGGUUGAAUUAGUCUCAAAU